GGUAAAUUUUACAACAGUUGUGAAAACAGUGCUGCAGAUCCAACAUAUACAGACAUACAGAUACAUUUAUUGUCUUUCUCCAACAAGACCAAACACAAUCGGCAUCUCACUCAUCUCCAUCUUUUGAUUUCUUCGAGAUUAUGAAGGAUUAAUAUGUCGGGGAAUUAUGAUUCGGAGGAGUUGUUAGAUGGUUCUAGAGAAGCUAGUUCAGCUGAGGGUUCAGCUGAAGGAGAAGACGGUUCAGUUCUUGUCAACUCGGUUGACUCACCGAAUCAGGUUGAACGUAUAGAUCAGGAUGAUGGAGUUUUGGUUAUGGGAGUUGAUACCUUACAAGACGACCAAAAUGAAGAAAAAGUUAUAGAGGAUGGAGGGAAAGAUGACAUGUUUGUUGAUUGCCCAGAUGAGCUGGUAUCCUUUGAUGGGAGGAUCGCUGUUGCCGAUAACAUUGAAGCAACAGCAAGCUCUGAACCCCAACAAGGGUUUGAGGGAUAUAGUGCCGGUUUAUAUAUAUCAGACAAAGGAAGUGGAGAUGAUCUGACAGGUGAGCUGGAACGUCUGCAGGCUCUGCUUGAAAAAGCUGUUGGUGAGAAAGAAAGCUUUGCACUGGAAUAUGAGGCAGAAAGAAGAUCUUUGGCGCAAGGACUUGCUGAUCUUCAUCAUCAGCUCAGUGCUCUGAGCACACAGGGGUCGUUGGUCAAUGAAAGUGAUGGCGGGCUUGUGAGCCAUUAUGACUCAGAAAAUUGGACUGGUGAAAAGUCUGUGGUAUCGGAUGAUACCCCGUUGCAGGAUGUGAUAUGUGAUUGUUCCAAGUUAGUUAAGCAUGCCUUAGAUGACCGCUCACAGACUCAAGGGACAAUCAGUGAACUCCAUUCAACGCUGCAUAAAAAUAAUCAAGAAAUUCAGGAGCUCACUGCCAGAGUAGCUGAAUCUUCUGUGCAACAAGAUACUGAGGCCAUUGCAAACAGGGUGUUGAGUUGUCUCGCAUCAGCGUUUAAUCAAGAUGAACUGUUGGAUAUAUCAUUCACCCAAAAAAUGUGUCAUAUAGAAAGCGCCACCUUAUUUUUGAUUGAGAAUUAUAAUAGUUUUCUUUAUGAAACUGAUUUACUCAGGCAAUGCAUAACGAAUGUAAGGUCGGAUCACAAUCUGCAAGAUGGAAUAGGGUCAAUCUUUCUCACUGCACGUGAAGAACUAAUAGAGAUAAGAAGAAAAGAAGUUGAGUUGACACAAAAAGUGAUAGAGUUGGAAGAAAAAAACUCAAAACAGAUGGAAGAACUCGCAAGAGGUAAAGAAGCCAUUGAUGUGGCACAUGCAGAAAUUCAGAAAGCCAAAAUGGAGCUUGAACAUGAGAAGGCGAGGUUUAAUAAUACCAAAGAAAAGCUUAGUUUAGCUGUAACAAAAGGAAAGGCGCUGGUUCAGCACCGUGAUUCAUUGAAACAGUCACUUGCUGACAAGACAAAUGAGCUUGAGAGAUGUCGUAUUGAAAUCCAGGAAAAGGUUAGUGCCAUCGAAGCUGCUGAGUUAUGUAAGAAGGAGUUGACUAAAUGUGAAGAUUUGGCUGCUUCGUUGAAUGAAGAACUUUCAGAAAGGAACAGUGUCAUUAAAAGCUGUGAAAAGAUUUUACUCGAGAGUAAUCUGCCAGAAGACCUUCAGUCAAUAGAUUUUCUAGGGAAAAUUCAGUGGCUAGCAAAUGAGAAGAACAAACUCAUGGGCACCUUGCAAGAUACGGCAAUCAUAACAAGAGAAGCUGCAAAUAAGGAGAUUGAGCGACUUACUGCAUUGAUAUUGGUAGAAUCACAGGAGAAACAUUAUCUUGAAGAAGAGCUUGAAGAUCUAAGAUGCGAAUAUGCUCAGAUUGUUGAGAAGGAAUAUCAUCAUUCUUCGGAGAAGGAUCGAAUGGUGAGGCUGUUACAUGAGGCAUCUGGAAUAUCAAUGUACAGUGCAGAAAGCUCUCCCUCUGAUUUAGGCUUUAUGAUUGGCCAAUGCAUUGAAAAAAUAAAAGAUCAAGCCAGUGCCUCCAUAUCAUCCCAUUUGGACGGAGAAAUAUUUGAAAAAAUGCAGAGCCUCUUGUAUACAAGGGAUCAGGAAGCUAUGCUGUUUGAGGAAAUUUUGGAGGAAGAUAUACUGAAUAGAUCAGAGAUGAACCAGUUGGUGAGUAAAGUAGCUGCGGUUUCUCAAGAACUACGUGAUAUAAGAGACGAGAAUGACUCACUGCAUCAUAAUCUUUCACGCGCAGAAGAAAAAGCUACUCUCCUGAGGGAGAAAUUAUCUAUGGCAGUUAAAAAGGGCAAAGGAUUAGUUCAGGAGCGGGAAAAUUUGAAACAGCUUUUAGAAAGAACUAGAGAAACGGCCCAGAAUGACAUUGAUCGACUUGCUGCAUCAAUUUUAACAGAAACACAACAAAAUAAUUAUCUCCUGGACGAGCUUGAAGAUCUAAGAUACAAAUACAAAGGAAUUGUGGAGAGAGAGCAACAUAUUUCUCUGGAAAAGAAUCAGCUUAUUAGAAUGUUACACGAGGCAUCUGGAAUAAAAAUGAUUGAUUUAGAAGAGCCACACUCUGACAUGGACAAUAUAGUUGACCGUUGCUUUGGGAAGUUAAGGGAAGAAUCUGCUCAGGUGGAAUGGGAAUUAUUUGAAAGGAUUCAGAGUCUCUUGUACACAAGGGUUCAGGAGGCCAUGCUCUUUGAAGUAAUUUUGGAGGAUGAUAUGCUGGAUAGGUCUAGGGUCAAUGACCUAGCUAAUAAGAUAUCAGUGCUCUCUCAAGAACUAAAUGAUCUGAAAGAUGAGAAAGACAGUCUACAGAAUCUCCUCUCACAUUCGGAAGAGAAGAUCAUUAUUUUGGGGGAAGACUUAUCAUCGGCCACUAAAGAAAGAAUGGAACUUGUUCAAGAGCAGAUAGAUAUUAAGCAGCUUCUGGAUAAAACAAGAGAAGCCGCAGAUAUUGAGAUUGAUCGACUAACUUCAGCAAUUUUGGCAGAAACCCAAGAAAAGCAUCAUCUUGAAGAAGUGGUUGAAGAUUUGAGAUACAAAUAUGAAGGGAUCUUACAGAAGGAGCAUCAGAUUUCUCUGGACAGGGACCGAGUGGUCAGGAUGUUGCAGGAGGCAUCAGGUAUGGCCUUAAACGAUCCAGAGGAGAUACAAUCUGGCAUGGACAGUAUUAUAAACCAAUGCUUUGUGAAAUUAAAAGAACAAACCAAAGUUUCUGUGGAGUCUUCUCAGGUUGGAGAGGAUUUUAUCAAAAGAAUGCAAAGUCUCUUGUACAUAAGAGAUUUUGAGGCUAUGUUGUUUAAAACACUUCUAGAAGAAGAGAUACCCAAUGAAUCAGAGGUAAACCACCUGACAAAUAAGAUAGCUGUGAUUUCUGAAGAACUAAAGGAUCUAAAAGAUGAGAAAGACUCUUUGCUGAAUGAUCUUUCACGUUCCGAAGAAAAAGCUACUCUUCUCAGAGAAAAGUUAUCCAUGGCAGUCAAGAAGGGCAAGGGGCUAGUUCAAGAGCGGGAAAACCUAAAACAACUUCUGGAUGAAAGGAAUGCAGCAAUUGAAAAAUUAAAGCUUGAACUAGAGCAGCAAGAACUUUCUCUAAAUGACUACAGGACCGAGAUCCAUAAAUUGUCCAGUGAUGCUGAUUGUGUCCCUAAGUUGGAAAUUGAUCUCAAGUCUGUUAAAGAAGAAAGGGAUCAGCUGGAGAAAUUCUUGGCCGAGAGCAAUAGAAUGUUACAAAGAUUGAUUGGAACAAUUGAGAAUAUCACUUUCCCGGACGGUCCGGCUGUGGAAGAACCUGCAGAAAAGGUUCAAAGGCUUGCUUGGUAUGUAAGUGAGUGUGAAGCUGCAAAGACGCAGGCACAACAUGAGUUGGAACUAGUAAAAAAGGAAGUGGCUACCAAGUCUAAUGAGUUAGCACUUGCUGCCACCAAAAUUUCUGUGCUAGUUGAUGAAAAAGAAGAUGCUCAAGGUAGUAAAGUUGCUACACAAGUGGAGCUUCAGAAAGUCAAAGAGGAGUCGUCUUGUCUUAGCAGUGAGUUAGCUGAAGCCCACAAAACUAUAAAAGCCCUUGAAGAUGCAAUGUCUCAAGUACAGACAAACUUGUCUCUGUUGGCUGAGGAAUAUAGUACGGCAAAAGUAAGCAGGACUAAUUUGGAGAGUGAGAUAGAAAAGCUCAAAGAAGUAGCUGGCAUGCAAGCGCGUGAGCUUGCAGAUGCCUCCUCUAGUCUGAAAUCAUAUGAGGAAGCAAUUUGGAAAGCAGAAAAUACUAUAUCUGAGCUUAGUGGUGACAAGGAAGAUGCUGCACACGAGAUUCAAGAUCUUAAAUCUCAAUUGAAUUCAUGUAUGCAAGAGUUGGGGGAUAAGCAAAAUGCUGAACAAGAAAUUAUAAAUCUUAAGUCACAAUUAAAUGCAUGUGUGCAAGAAUUGGCUGGUACCCGUGGUGCCAAAGGAAUUAAGUCUCCUGAGCUCUAUGGUCACCUCAGCAGUCUUCAGUUGCUUCUGAAGGAUGAGUCAAUGUUGUCCUUACUGAGACAGAGCUUUCAAGGUAUAUUUGAUGGCCUCAAAAAGCUUGAUCACAUCCUUACUGACACAAAGCUCCAUUCGAAUGAUAUGGAAAUGAAUAUUCAGCAGACUUUACCAAUAUCCGAGGAAGAUUCAAUUGCUCUGAAUCAAUUCCCAGAUGACAUUCAGAGUAUUGAGAACAUUGAAAUGGAUGAUGGAGAGUUAAAUACUGCAGAUGAUGACAAUUUUAUCUCACGUAUUGAGAAAACAGUGGAUAAUCUCCAAUUGAAACACAAAAUUCUUGCAGAUGUAUGUGUAAGAAGUUCUUCAUUCAUGGAUAAUUUGAUUGCAUCGUUAUCAACGAAACUGAUGGCAACAAGAGAUGAAUUCCUAGAUGUAUUGGAGCAAAUGAAAGCUCUAAAGAAGCACAUAGAAGGUAUGGAAAUGGAUAAACAAGCGCAAGAUCAAUAUAUGGGUACAGUAGUUGAAAGUUUACAGAACAGUUUGAAAGAAAGCAGCACUUCUUUUAAAAAAGUUGUAGAAGAAAGGGAUAUCUACCAGAGCCGAGUGUGCAAGUUGGAAGCUGAUCUGGAAGCAUUCGAAAUUCUAUGCAGUGAUAUGAGGCAUAAAUUAGGGGAGCAUCAAGCACAGGAAAGCAGGUGGCAGGAGAGAGAAAAAGAACUUAUGUCAUUGUAUCAAAAAGAGACUGAAGACCCUCUUCUAUCAGCAUUCCAGUUGAAAUCUCUUUUCAAGAAAAUAGAUGGAAUCAAUAUCCCGUUCUCAGAGUUUGAAGUAGACGAAUUAGAACCCCAUGAUUCUGACCAUGUUAAAAAGCUAUUUUACAUAGUUGAUUGUGUUGGUGGACUGCAGCGUGAGAUGGCCUCCAUAUCACACAACAGCGAACUACAGCAAUCAAUUAUUAAGGAUCAAGCUACAGAAAUCGAGCAUCUGAAAGAGGAAGCUUCAGCUUUCGUUAUAUACAAGCAGGACUAUGAUAAAUUGAAACAUGAUCUUGCAAAAGGAUUAGAGAACAUUAUUAAGAAGUUAGCAGGUAAUGAGGUGGUCGGAACUCUGAAAACUGCUGAUGUUAUGGAACAACUGCCGUUACUGGAGAAGCUAGUUACAACCAUUAUUUUUGAAUCUGAAAACUCAAAAUCCAAAGCCCAAGAGCUUGACACUAAGAUUUUAAAGACUCAAGAGGUUGUUGAUGAGCUAUCAAGUAAGGUCAAAUUCUUCGAAAAAAAAGCUUCAUCAGGCUCUAUUCAAGAACGUGGGAGUUUUGAAGCUCAUUCAUUGCCUCCCCGGUCAGAAAUUUCUGAAAUCGAUGAUGCGGGGCCAGUUGUAAACAUGCCCAUUCCACCAGGUCCAUCAAUUGCUCAAGUAAGAAGUUUAAAGAAGGGAUCAAGUGACCAACUAGCAAUUAAUAUAGACUCAGAAUCUGAUCGUUUGAUCAGUAAGAAGGAUACCACUGAAGAUAAAGGUCAUGUGUUUAAGUCACUAAAUACAUCAGGUUUGGUCCCAAGGCAAGGGAGGACCAUUGCAGACAAAAUAGAUGGGUUUUGGGUAGCCGGUGAUCGAGCUCUUAUGGGUCGUCCAAGGGCAAGAAUAGGAGUUAUUGCAUACUGGCUCUUUUUGAAUAUAUGGCUGCUAAGCUACAUUUUGUAACAUAGCCUACAAUUACCCUGCCAUAGAAUCAAAUCCCAGUUCCUCCUCACACUGUAAUAUACAUAUAGUUGAUGAUUGGUAUAGCUAAAAUCCGACACUAGGAUAUCCGUCUUUUUUAUUUAGUUAGCUUCCAAUCCAUACCAUUCAUUGUGCAGAUAUGUAAUAGAUUUUCUGUCAAAUUACAUUGUAGCAAUUCAAUAAAUAUAAAAAUGUAUCAUUUUGAACA